CAAAAAGUUCCACCCAGACAAUGACCGUCAACAAACGAACCUCCGCAGAUUUCGAUGCGGCCUUCUCUCCGACCUGAGCGAUAUCCUCGGUGACAAUGGCCAAGCCAUCGCCUUCUUCACACAAACCAAGGCGAAAAGCCAAACAUGCUGUCGAUUCGCCGAGCAGUUUCCGCAACAGUGGCCCCAUCGAGACCUUGUCGCGAGCCCCAGCCUUCCCUCUGGCUGCCUUCCUCUGGCCCGCGAGGGGUACCGCCUCGCAAUGGGAAUUGUUGCCCCUGAUCCUGAUGGCUGUCGGCCUCUUCAGGUGGGCCGCGGGGCUUUGGGGUUACUCUGGUUUUGAGAAACCCCCCAUGUUCGGCGACUACGAGGCGCAGCGACACUGGAUGGAGAUUACGACGCAGCUUCCCAUCUCACAAUGGUACUUUCAUGACCUCGAAUGGUGGGGCCUUGACUACCCGCCUUUGACGGCCUACCACAGCUGGCUCUGUGGCAAGAUCGGCUCGCUCAUCGAUCCGUCGUGGUUCGCUCUCUUCUCGUCUCGCGGCUCACACGAUCCGACGCUCAAGGUAUUUAUGCGCGCUACGGUGAUCGUGUCGGAAUACCUCAUUUACAUCCCGGCCGUCGUUGUCUUUGUGCGCCGCUACAGCAGACUCAAUGGGGUCGCCAAUUGGUCCGCCGCGGUGGCCCUCGUCGCCAUCCUGAUGCAGCCCGCCACCAUCCUGAUCGACCAUGUCCAUUUCCAGUAUAACACAGUGAUGCUUGGCUUCGUCGUGGCGAGCAUGUCCAGCAUGCUUGCCGGCCGCAACCUCUGGGCGGCCGUCUUCUUCGUCGCCGCCCUGGGGUUCAAGCAGAUGGCUCUGUACUACGCCUGCUCUGUUUUUGCCUACCUUCUCGGAAGCUGUGUGUUUCCGCGAAUCAACCUCCCCCGUCUCAUCGCCAUCUCAGCAGUUACUGCUGCAUCCUUUGCCAUCUUGAUCCUGCCCAUCGUCCUCGGCACUCUCGUGGACGUGCACCGCGGGAUCGACUCCCGCCCGGAUAUCGACGGCCCUCGGCCUCCCUUACCGCUCUUCCAAUGGCUUGCCGACUACCUCGAUACCGAGGCUUUUUAUUACCCAGUGGUCGAGCAGCUCGUCCAGAUGGUCCACCGCAUCUUUCCUUUUGCUCGCGGCCUGUUCGAGGACAAGGUCGCCAAUUUCUGGUGUGCCUUGAACGUGGUCGUCAAGAUCAAGAAGUACCCGUCCGAGCUGCUCCAGCGUGGGGCGCUAGUGGCAACCUUGAUAUCCAUCAUCCCCCCCAAUCUCGUCUUGUUCUUCCGCCCGAGGAAGGAACUGUUGCCCCUAGCCUUCGCUGCGACGGCCUGGGGCUUCUUCCUCUUCAGCUAUCAGGUCCACGAGAAGAGCGUCCUGCUCCCGCUGAUGCCAAUGACCCUGCUACUUGCAAGCAGCCACGGGCUGAAUAAAACCACUCGCGCCUGGGUCGGCUUUGCCAACAUCCUCGGCUGCUGGACCAUGUUCCCUCUGCUACAACGGGUUGGUCUAGCCGUGCCCUAUGCGGUGCUUACUUUGCUCUGGGCAUACCUUCUUGGCCUGCCGCCUACCUCGCUGAGCGUCUACUUCCAUGAAGGUAGCAGCAGCUGGACCCAAUGGGCUACGCUCUUCGUCCACGGCUCAUUCUACCUGGUCAUGGCUCUUUGGCACGUCCUGGUGCAGUCCCUUCGGCCACCACCGGACAAGCCAGACCUGUGGUUGGUGGCCAACGUCGGCGUGGGCGCCGCUGGCUUCUCUCUCUGCUAUCUUUGGUGUCUUGGGAGGUUGUUGUUGCAGGGCGAAAUACUGCCCCGGUCAUGGUUUGUGAGGAAGGACAAGGUGAAGACCCAGUAGACGGGUCAGCUCGAAAAGCCGUCAGUGAGAAAAGCUCGCCGACCAGGACCCAGCACAACUGGCUCCUUCCUGGCACUCGAACGUUGGCAAAUGAAAUGGGUUGAUCGACUGAAGGGUUCCGCGUCAGAAGAUAGGAUGCCAUCUCCGUUGCAGUCAUCAGUAACGACGAAUGGGAUAGGGAAGGUUUCUCCACGUUUAGACGAAGCUUCAAAGCUAUAGACAGCCAUACACCGGUUGCAAGCAGUCUUGGCUUAACAAAGACGAA